UUGAAAGUCUGGUGCUUGCAAUGAUUCGAUAUGACCUUAAUCUGUGGACGUUUAAUUGGCUUCUAGGUGUCUCGUUUUUUUUGAUGAUUGAGGUUGUUUACUACUUACAUUUCGUACAUGCAAAUAAUGAAUGUGCCGAAAAAAAAAAUAUAUUUAUAGAAGGUUAUCACUCGUGCUGUCGAUGAUGAAGAACCAUUCGGAGGAGAGCGAGAAAGAGCGGAUCCUGACAAUAAGUAAUUCGUGCUUCAAGUGAAUCAGUCUAAUGUGUGUGUGUGUGUAUGUGUGGCAGAGAUGGAGCGUGCGUUUGGCCAACAAACGUUGGACAUGCAAUGAGCUGAUUAUUUGAUUGUUGUUGUAUGUUGUCAUUAUUAUUAUGAUUAUUAUUGUUUCUCUCUUUCUCUUUCGUUCGAGUGUUGUAUUUUUCUGUUCGGUGUGCUUUGUAUAAAGAGUGUUACGGUCGGUUUUAUCACGUGUCGUUCCCCUCUCCGUGUGCUGAAAAACGGCGAUUUGCUGAAGGGUUUUCGGCGUUCGCCAUCGCCACUUGUUGCUCGCGAUUGAAUAGAUAAUAAUAUGCGGACGCGAAAAUACUAGGUGUGCAGUCAUCCUACGAGGAUGAGCCCGGAGUGAGUCUUGAAGUGGCAGUCGCGAGAGUAGAGUCUUAAAUCUUAACAGAGAGAGAGAGUAUUGAUCAGAGAAGAGAUAGAGAUGAGGGGAAGCACCGCAGGGCUCGAGCCCGACACGAUGAAGGGCGAGAGCGCAACGCAUUACGCCUUCCUCAGCUUCUUGGACAGCGUCUUCUCGGCCGCGGUCGUGACGCCGGCGGUCGUCGCCUUCUGGCGAAGCGUCUGGGAGCUGAUGGGUCUCUACGUCUACCCCAACAACUCGCUGUACAGCGCGAUCACAUCCACGAUCAUCGGGGUGCUCGGUCAUCUGAUGUUCGCCCUUUCGCAGCACGCCUUCGAGUACUUCCAUCCGGACAAGAACCGGAUGGUCUACUACCUGGUGUCGCGCGUCUACACCGUGUGCUUCGCGUUCGUCUGCGUGAACGGAUGGAGGGGCCCGUGGUCCCUUCUGGACAUUUACACGCAGCCCAACCUGACGAGCGUCGUCGUGCCGACGGCCCUCGGCGUCGUUGCGCUCGCUUCGAUACGCGCCCUCCGCAACGUCUCCGCGCCGCCCUGCGCCAUCGUCACCGACUAUGUCAAGGGCUACUUCGAGGUGGUCACUAUGUUCAGAGUCCCAAUGGUCCAGAGGACUUCGCUGUACAUCCUGGACUGCUUAUUUUCCGUUCUGAUCGUCGGAACUUUGGUUGUGUUCGUUUGGCGAGGAGCCUGGGUCCUCAUCGACAUAUAUCUGUUUCCGGAGAUGGCGGAUUGGUCGGCAUGGGCAAGUCUGGUGCUGGGUUACAUGUCCGUGGCCGUGGCCUUCCUGAUGCAACCGGCCAUGAGGUGGUUGUGCGACAGGAUCAACGGUGCGGCGAGGCUCUUCGCCGCCGACGUUUUCCUCCUGUUCUCCCUCUUUGGCACCCUGAACGUGUGGCGAGGAAUCUGGAACCUGCUCAACAUCUACUUCCUACCAGAUAACCUGGAGUUGAGCUGCUGGAUCACGCAUUGGGUGAGCCUGAUCCUGCUGAUCCUCCUCGGCUGUUCCAACUCGCUGCUCGUGCGCGGCGUCUACAUCGACGCCGAAGAACCGGCAGGAAAGUGCGUCGUCUUUCCCUGCUACUACCUGAGGUUGAUCUUUCAGCAGGCCAGGGAGAAGAAGAACGGAAGCAGCAGCACCGUGCAGCUCGAAUCGAUGUCCAAGAGGAAGCAGGAGAUCGACGCCAAGUAUGCAGAUGGUAACGACGUCAAGCAAAUAUCGAUCAACAUGGAAUCGAAUCACAUAUGACGACGAUGACAAUCCGCAUCGAUUAUCAACAGAAAUUAUUAUUUUUUUAUACGAAACGCAGAGGAGCACUAUUUUUUAGCGAUUAUAUAAUUUAUAUAUAA